AUGUCCGCUGGGCAGAAGUACUUUCGGAGGACAACCGAUGCUAGCCCUGCAAAGGACUCAGUCAAUGCGACCGCCGUCGCCCUAACUCAACCGCCCCAUACGCCCAUAGUUGACACUAGUCUCACCGCUGCCUCCACCCUCACGCGCAAGGUCGAUGAUAACACCGUCGGCCCCUUGGGACUGAGCCUAGUCUACUCCCCCGUCGAGGAGCCCACGACGGACUUCAUUUUUGUCCAUGGGCUCGGCGGCGGCUCUAGGAAAACGUGGAGCAAGACACCUUCUCCCGACCACUUUUGGCCGCAACAAUGGCUCCCCCUCGAGCCAGUUUUCCAAAAAGUGCGAAUCCACACUUAUGGUUACAGCUGCGACUGGACGAAACGAAAUCUGGACAUCUGCAAUGUCCACGACUUCGGGAAGGGGCUCCUCAGCGAGAUAAGCACGUCGCCGCUACUUGCUGAUGCUGAAACACCCCUUGUGCUAGUUGGUCAUAGCAUGGGAGGCUUGGUCAUCAAGAAGGCAUACAUUCUUGCUCGGCAGAAUGCACUGUACCGGCCCAUAGCAAAACGGUUCCACACGAUAUACUUCCUUGCCACGCCGCAUCGAGGGUCUGACUCCGCACAGCUUCUCAACAAUCUCCUUCGCGUGGCUGGUCUCUCUCGCGCCUACAUUGCCGACCUUCAGAGGGGGUCACUUAACAGUCAGUCAAUCAAUGACGAAUUCAGGCAGUACUCGGGCGAUGUCCAGCUGUGGUCAUUUUACGAGUUACGAAAGACAUCGGCGGGGAUAUUCAAUGCGCUUAUUGUCGAUCCGGAAUCUGCAACGCUUGGAUACGAUGGGGAACGGCAGACGCCCAUCGAUGCCAACCACCGUUCGAUCUGCAAAUUUGAUUCACCUACGAACCCUAAUUAUCGGGUACUCUUGCAAUCUUUCUCUACCACGAUUCGGGACAUCGAAACCUCGCGGCUGGAAUUUAUGGAAAGGCAGAGACGGGACCAGUUCAAGAAAUUCGAGCAGUACCUGAUGGUCCCCGAAUCCCCCGAGAAUGACCUCAUAUCCUUCCAGGAUACUCUAGUACCCGGGACCUGCGAUUGGUUGCUGUCCCGCGAGAAAUUCACUCAGUGGCAGGAUUUCUCCUCUUACGGCCCGACUCUCUUUUGGCUCCGUGGUCAGCCAGGGGGCGGCAAGUCCACUUUAGCCAGCCAUGUUAUUAAUCACCUCCAGAAAGCUUCUCAGCAGUGUAGCUAUUUCUUCUUCAAGCGUGGUGAUAAAUUCAAGAUGCGGCUUGGCGACUGCUUUCGUUCUCUUGCUUUCCAGAUGGGGUUGGCUGACCCCCAAGUCCUAGAGAAGCUCCUUCGUAUGCGGAAUGAGGGCGUUGGAAUCGAUGGAGAUGACGUCCGGAGCCUUUGGCGUAAGGUGUUCGAAGCUGGCGUUCUAGCUGUCACUCCAUCAGCCCCGGAACGCUACUGGGUCAUCGAUGGACUUGAUGAAUGCAGCAGCGAUGGCUCAGCGUUAUCUUUCCUUUUGUUGAAACUGGAAGACGCCACCUCCUUGCGGGUCUUUAUCACAAGUAGGGAGUCGGAAGAGUUGGAGAGCUGUGCGCAACGCUUGCACAUGCAUGACGGCCGGACCUACUGCGAACGUCUGUCGCCAUCAGACACCCUCGCGGACAUGGACACGCUGAUUCGGACAAGGAUGGAGACUUGGACCAUGUGGGAUGAAAGAGAUCGGGCUGCUCUCGGAGCGAAGAUCCUGGUCAAAUCGAGUGGUUCUUUCUUGUGGUCCGUCCUGGUCCUUGACAGGAUGAUUUUGGCACACGGAAAAGAACAGAUCAACAGGGUCUUGGAGGAGAUGCCGUCUGAGAUGGAAUCGACGCCAGGAAUUCCCGAAAACAAACCCUUGGCGAAAUCCAAUCUGACGUGGGGUUCGGCCGAGCAAAUUGGCAAGUUAAGCGCAUCCUUCCCUGUUCCGACGUAA